ACGAUAUUACUCCAAAACCUGAAAGUACCCAGAAUCAAACUCUUGUGUUAAACCUAAUUGGGAGAGAAAAAUAAAUAAAUAAAUAAAAUAAAAUAAACGAUUUUUAUUUAUCAGUUUGUGUGUGCGCGAAGGGGGAGUACAAAUUUACAGACACAUAUCAGUUGACAAAUCAUAGCGCCUACUGCUCAUGACGGUCAGCCGCGUUAACCAAUCCGCGCCGCGAAUUUGCUCCGCGUCACAAAAGAGUCGUCCAAUCGCGAGCGUCCGGAGGCGGGCUCUCGCGGAGCAGGAGUUCCCUCUAGCUGUGGGUAGAGGAUUAAUGUUAAUGGUGGGCUCUCACUGUCGAAUUAUGAGAGGAAGAAAGGUGUAAUUCCGAGGGUUAAUCGAUGCCGAAUGUACCUGAACAAAGUUUGGAUAAACAGCAGUGACGAUUUUUAAGGAUAACAGAACGGAUUUGUGGCGUUAAUUGUUUCUGGAGUUGGAGAAAAAAAAACAACACACACACACACAUAUAUAUAAGGUGUGUGUGUGUGUCGCGGAAUAAGAGGGAAAGUGGAAACGGCCUGCCUCGGUUCAGAGAGGAACUGAGGGGGAGCGAAAGGACAGAAAAGAGGAAGAUUGCAAAGACAAGAUUGUAGUCAAGUGGCCUCGACGGAUCGGACUGUACUGGCGGAGAUUGCAGCCACUGCACGCUCUGUUUAUAGCCUGUUUUGCUUUGCUAGCUAGCGCUUGCUCGCUAGCUAGCUAGCUAGCUGACAGCCACAGGCUAACUAGCAUAACUGACUAGCAUAACUAACUGGGCAACUGACCGAAUUCUCCACGGUGAAUGAGUGGGUCUCUGAGUUAUGGUUAUAAAUAGCUAGCUGAGCCAAGCUAGUGCGCGCGCCGGAAAUCAGGAAUCGACUCGUAUGUUGAAGUCGGGAUCAGAGGUCUGAGGUGUGAGAAGAGCCGAACUGAGGGAUUUCCUUCUCCUUCCUUCCUUCCUUCCUUCCUUCCUUCCUUCUUUCCUGACCCCCAGCCUGCAGUCAUGGGCAACGCGCCCACCGCCAAGAACAAGGGCAGCGAGAUGGAGAGCGUGAAGGAGUUUCUCGCCAAAGCCAAAGAAGAUUUCCUUAAGAAAUGGGAGAAUCCGGCACAGAACACCGCGUCUCUGGACCAGUUCGAGAGGCUGAAGACGCUGGGCACGGGCUCCUUCGGGCGAGUCAUGCUGGUCAAGCACAAAGAAUCGGGACAGCACUUCGCCAUGAAGAUCCUCGACAAACAGAAGGUGGUCAAGCUGAAACAGAUAGAACACACACUGAACGAGAAACGCAUCCUGCAGGCUGUUAGCUUCCCCUUCCUCGUCCGGCUGGAGCACUCCUUCAAGGACAACACUAACCUGUAUAUGGUGAUGGAGUAUGUUCCAGGAGGGGAGAUGUUCUCUCAUCUGAGGAGAAUCGGCAGGUUCAGUGAGCCUCAUGCUCGCUUUUACGCCGCGCAGAUAGUCCUGACGUUUGAAUACCUUCACUCGCUCGACCUCAUUUACCGAGAUCUUAAGCCUGAGAACCUGCUCAUCGAUCAGCAGGGCUAUAUACAGGUUACAGAUUUUGGCUUUGCCAAGCGUGUAAAGGGCCGGACCUGGACACUGUGCGGAACUCCAGAGUACCUGGCUCCAGAAAUUAUCCUCAGUAAAGGCUACAAUAAAGCGGUGGACUGGUGGGCUCUGGGCGUGCUGAUUUACGAGAUGGCUGCCGGAUAUCCCCCGUUCUUCGCUGACCAGCCCAUUCAGAUCUACGAGAAGAUCGUCUCAGGCAAGGUGCGCUUCCCCUCCCACUUCAGCUCAGACCUGAAGGACCUGCUGAGGAACCUGCUCCAGGUGGACCUGACCAAGCGCUUCGGCAACCUCAAGAACGGCGUCAACGACAUCAAGGGUCACAAGUGGUUCGCCACCACCGACUGGAUCGCCAUCUAUCAGAGGAAGGUCGAAGCCCCCUUCAUCCCGAAGUGCAAAGGUCCGGGCGACACCAGCAACUUCGACGACUACGAGGAAGAGGAAAUCCGGGUGUCCUUCUCGGAAAAAUGCGCAAAGGAGUUUGCAGAGUUCUAGAUCCAGCCUGGAGAGGCGGAGGGAGAGAGCGACGGAGCGAUGUGGAGGGCGGGGCAGCAGAGAGAGAGAGAGAUGAAGAUAAAGAUAGAGUGAAUGAGAGAGAGAGAGAGAGAGAUGAUGAUGAUGAUGGACUGGACUUGAGUCUGUAUUCAGUAAACAACAAGAACAACAACAAUGUAGAGCCCCCCUUCUUCUGUAUACACACACACACACACAUUAUUAUACACACACACACACACACAAAAGAGAGAGGAGGAGGCGGGGUUUAAAAAAAGUGUCCCAAGAAAGUCAGCAGUGUUGCCUUUCGAGAUCGUUCAUCACUUAUUGUUCUUGUUAGAGUUAUAAUUAUAUUUAUCCAUUUUCAUUUCCUCUCAGAGUCGUAACGAGGGUCAUCUGGGUCGAGGGGUGGUCGGUUCUUUGUGUUUCUCUCUCUCUCUCUCUCUCUUUCUCUCUCUCUCACUCACACACACACACACACACACACACACACACACACACACACACACAGCUUCAUCCCUGGUACUGAAUCAAAGUGCAUCCAUCAUAGCAGUUUUUUUUUUGUUUGUUUGUUUCUUUUUUUUCUUUUUUUUUCUUUUUUUUUUUUUACGUCUCUUUCUUUCUCUCACACACACACACACACUCUGCUCUGUUGUCUUGCUUCCCUGUUUUGAAUUUUUUUUUAUUUUAUUUACCCUUUUGCAUCUUCCCAUCCCAAAUCUGUCCAGGCAAUGCCGAGACGGCGAGCAGGUGUUUUGCUGGAGUUGAAGGGAGCCAUUUUUUGUUUUUUCCUCCCCGUAGUGUGGAAAUCAUCACAGAAUCCUCGUUCUUGUUCUCAGAGCCGGGUUCAGGAAGUGUCCUCCUGCUUGCCCGUCCCUCAUUUACAUCUAAUACGUCUUAACCCCAAGUGAGGGGUGAAUACGCCCUAGGGUACCACCUGGUUGGUCAGUGUCAGCUGUCUGGAGUCAUUACUGAGUAGUUAUUAGUGAUGAAAAUCCUCUGGAUAACCAAGAAGUUGUCACUGGUUUCGAGCUGUAACGAGAAACGAGUAACGUCUUGAAGGAUUCGUCUUUUUUAUUUUUUUUUAAGCGCUCAAGCUGACAGAGUUCCCCUUCUCUGCUGAAACUUUGCUGUAUAAAAGGGGCGGAGCUUUAGCGGUUUUGUCCGAGCUGGCUGCUUUGCUGAUUUCUGAGCCGGAAACGAUGUGAACUAGACGGAUAUCACUACGUCGUCUGAAACGAUCGGACUGUAAUAUAAUCGAACCUACGUAUCAUGUUAAAAACCAGGGCUUUCUGAGAAGCGCUCUUUCACAAGGAAGCAGUUUGCCCUCUUCCACAUACUUGAGCACACCGAUGCUCGUGAUUGGUUUGUGUCUCUGUGAUUGACAGAACAGAGAGAGAGAGAGAGAGUAUGCCCGUCCCACCCAGAGAGAGAGAGAGAGAGAGAGAGAGAGAGUAUGCCCGUCCCACCCAGACAGAGAGAGAGUAUGCCCGUCCCACCCAGAGAGCGAGCGAGAGAGAGAGGGAGAGUAUGCCCGUCCCACCCAGAGAGAGAGAGAGAGAGAAAGAAAGAGUAUGCCUGUCCCACCCAGACAGAGAGAGAGAGAGAGAGAGAGAGAGAGAGAGAGAGAUUGUAUGCCCGUCCCACCCAGACAGAGAGAGAGUAUGCCCGUCCCGCCCAGACAGACAGACAGACAGACAGACAGAGAGAGAGAGAGAGAGAGAGAGAGAGAGAGAGAGUAUGCCCGUCCCACCCAGACAGAGAGAGAGAGAGAGAGAGAGCGAGAGAGUAUGCCUGUCCCAGCCAGACAGAGAGAGAGCUUCUUCCACUUUUUGAGUCUCUCGCUCCCAGCCGCUGAUGGCUGCGUCAUUGUCGGGAUUCGAACUCCCACCUCCGAAUGGGAUGUGAAAGUAAUCGUCCCGGUUGAAGAGAGAAACGGCGUGUCAUUUUUGUCUCGUUUGUACGUGUUGCAUAGUUUUUCUGCUUCAUAAGCCUCAUGAUUCAAAUAACGACUUCUGGUUGAGGGUACAAAAAAGCAAAGUCGGAAGGAAGGGUGUGUGUGUGUGUGUGUGUGUGUGUGUGUGUGUGUGUGUGUGUGUGUGUGUGUGUGUAGGACGGACCUUCAGCGAGAGUUCUUCAUCUUUAACCCGAGAGAUGAUCUAAACGGGUCUCCGUGACGCUCCGACACGCGCAGCUGGUUUUAAUCUCUGCCUCGAUUCGUUUUGCGUCGGCCGGUUCGGAUUCUCACCGUCGCAUCCAGGAUGGUCACAUGAUUUGUUUGUUUGUUUGUUUUUUUUUGUUUUUUUUUUUUAAACACAAAAGUCUAGAAAAGAACGUCUGAGGAAAAGCUCUGUAGCGUUUUCUCAGUUGUGCCGCACGUGAGCCGAUCGUGGUUCUCGAUGAAGUCGUACGCUUGUGGAACAUCGCAAACUGUAGGUUUUAGAGCGCUUCCUUCAAGAAAAUAAACAAACCGCUUCAGUUCGUUUCACUGUCAAUUCCACUUUAUUUAACCACCUCAGUUUUGUGUUGUGUUUUUCCCCGCCUAGAAUUUCCUUCUUCCCUUCCUUCCUUCUUUCUUUCAUUGUUUAUUUUUGUUUGUUUGUUUGUUUGUUUGUUUUAAAUGCCAUAAAAUGGAUGUCCAUAUGAGAAACGGCUCCACUGCUAUGCUUUGUAUACUCGCGUGCUGGAAAUAAAAACGGACGCUCGUUGACGUGCGCGUGGCGUCGUUUCUAUCCGCGCUCGGGCCGCGGGGAUAAUACUUCGGAUUUUCACGAGGCAGAGGCCGUACCCCGCCCGAGCCGACGUUCCUUGAAGUAAAACCGAUCCAGGAUCGGUUCUGGGGCCGUUCGUAUCCCGACGCGGGUUGUGGAAAGUUCCGGAGCUGGUCCGAGAUAUCCGGGGGCGGCUUCUCCGCCGGCGUUUUCGCACACGUGAUGAAGAAAAGCAGCGUUUUCCAGCAACCAAAGAUCUAAACGCGUCUCCGACCGCCCCGCUAACAAGAGCGAGAAUACACGAACAAGCGACCGUUUAGCGCGGUUCUCCCGGCGCACUCGCCCUCUCUGGGUCCUCUUCGUUCUCUCGCGACGGAAUGAAAAAUUCGAAGGUAAAACACGCUCAGUCACACGCCUCUCCAUCUCCUCCUCUCCUCCUCCUCACCUUCAUUACAUCAUCGAUCGGCUUCUCGUGCAUCGAGUCCACGCGUCAGUUUGCCUUCGUACACGUCCGCGUCCCGACACUCUUCUAGUUCCUUUUUAAAAUCACAGCCAUGAAAAGAGAAGAGAAUAAAUAAAUAAACACCACCACCAUUUGUUGAUUUUUACUUUUUCUUUAUUUUCUUUAUUUGGUCAUAUUUUCUAAGUGUAUUUUCAAUAACGAGAAACUCUUUUCCUCCCGACGCGGGUAUGGUGAUGGUGUGGUCUAAUUGUACCUUUUUUCGGGAAACAAUACUGUAUAUUCUUCUGCCUUUAACAGUCUUAAUUAUUUUACCUUCUGGAGAACUUGAUGGAAGAACAACCCUGUAAGACACAUGGAGUAUGUUUAAAAAAAAAAAAAAUUUAAAAAUGAAAAAAAAUAAAAAAGCCAAAAAAUAAUAAAAUAAUAAUAAUAAAAAAAUACACAGAAUAAUAUUUUGCAACAUGUAUCAUUCCAAUAAAGUUUUAAUUGUUAAAAUGA